GGCCGAAACAUUCUGGCGGCUCUAUGAUUUAACAUGUUGUAAGCCACUCGAAACCAAGCUCAGCCACCACUUAGUUUCGAUUAUCACGUUGUCUUAAUUCUGCACACGUGUUACUUUUAGCUGUUAUCGGCUGAUAUUCUUGAUAAACAUUCUUUCACACACUGCCCCUCACAUCUCAACACACAACGUACCUUCAGGCUAAACACAAAGCCAUUGGGAGUUAAACUCUAUAAUGUUGCCUUCAGAUAAUGAUCCAAGUCAUCUACAUUGCUCAUCUCCAACAUAUGUUCAUGAUACUGAAAAUCAUGUGUCUAGGACCUUCGCAAAUUCCUCCGCAGAUUUCCAUAAGAAACGAAAAUCAAAAUGGACUAUCGACGAUAUAGAUAUUGGGAGGAAACUCGGAGAAGGUCGCUUCGGUUCAGUGCAUCUUGCGAGGGAAAAAGCUAGUCGAUUUGUCAUUGCUUUGAAGGUCUUUUUUCAUUCUUGAAGACCUAAUUUUUUAGAUACUUUUAAAGCCUAGACUAGUAACAAAGGAAUUAAUGAAACAAGUGCAACGAGAAAUAGAAAUACAGUCACAUCUAAAGUAGGCGUUUUGUGUUCUUCAUAAUAAGUCUAGACACCCAAAUAUUGUUCGUAUGUACAGUUAUUUUUAUGAUAAGAAGCGUAUUUAUUUGGUCCUUGAGUAUGUACCUAGGGGGGAGUUAUCUAAAGAAAUCAAUCGCUUUGGUCAUUUUGGAGAUAGUCGCGCAGCAACUUACGUAUACCAGCUUUCCAAAGCUCUUUCUUACUGUCAUCAAAAUGAUGUUAUACAUCGAGAUAUCAAACCAGAAAAUAUACUCCUUGGAGCUCGCGGUGAAGUGAAGAUUGCGGAUUUUGGCAGCGCAGUGCACUUACCAGCUUCACGGUAGGUUUUUCUCUUUUUCGUACAAGUAAUUAGACGUAUGACUACUUUUGGUACGCUCAAUUACUUGGCUCCCGAAUUGUUCCAUUUGGAGUGUGUUCAUGAUCAUCGUGUAGACAUAUGGAGCUUGGGAAUACUCACUUUCGAGAUGCUUACCGGUCAUUUACCCUUUGAUGGUGAAACCUUCCAGGAGAUCUCCGAAAAGAUCCGAAAUGCUGAUGUUUCAUAUCCAGAUACAUUAAAUCUGGGUGCGACGAAGCUCAUUACUAGUAUGCUCAAAAAGUUGUCAAGUCAAAGGGUUUCUUUAAAUGAAAUCGAUAAUUAUGACUGGAUUAAAAUGCAUGCUGAAUUUUCUGUCAAUCAAUGCAGAGCAGCUCUUCAAGAUUGGGAAAAUGUUAAUAAUCAAAAUUCUACUUGUCCUUCAUCUAGUAGUUACGAGUGCUCAUCUACAUUUGUAAAUACAUUUUUAAACGAUUGAUGUUUUCAUAUAUUUCACAUUGCAUUACCACUUGUUGUCUUUCAGGAUAUCUUAAUAUAACAAUUAAAAAGCUUAUCAUUUUAAUUAUAAAUGGUUAUCAUUUUUACCAUAAUCUGUAUGCUCAUAUAUACAUGUAUUUGCGUGACAUUAACCUCUUUCACUAUUCUAUCAUAAAUACUUGAUAGACAUGUUUUAUGUUAUUAUUACGUAUAUCUGUAAAUUAAUUACACAUAUUUAUCGCUGAUCCAGCAACAAACCAAUAUUUGAAGAAUGUUAUUUUAUUGUUGCAUAUUUAAUUUAAGGAAAAUUCUAGGAGUCUGAACUUUUUCAUUACUUAAAUCUUGGGGUAUUGUCUUAAGAUUAAUAAAGUUGUACAAUUUGAAAUUAAUUUAUUUAAAAGAUUCACUUAAUG